AUGCGGCAACAGAAUGCUGAGCUUCGAGCUUCAGAAUCAAAAGAACACAGGGCUGCUCGAUUGGAGCACAUGCGGCAACAUAAUGCUGAGCUUCGAACUUUAGAAUCAAAAGAACACAGGGCUGCUCGAUUGGAGCACAUACGGCAACAUAAUGCUGAGCUUCGAGCUUCAGAAUCAAAAAAACAAAGGGCUGCUCGAUUGGAGCACAUGCGGCAACAUAAUGCUGAGCUUCGAGCUUCAGAAUCAAGAGAACACAGGGCUGCUCGAUUGGAGCACAUGCGACAACACAAUGCUGAGCUUCGAGCUUCAGAAUCAAGAGAACACAGGGCUGCUCGAUUGGAGCACAUGCGACAACACAAUGCUGAGCUUCGAGCUUCAGAAUCAAAAGAACACAGGGCUGCUCGCAAGAUUACUGGUGGCGUAUCGAAUUUCAACGUCGGGGUCCAGAGUCCAGUGCUAGUGGUGGAGCUGAACCUGGACAGAAUAGAAGGCACACAGCUCCGCGCGCUGGGCCUGCUCGCCGUGUACGGGUUCAACGUGACGUACGAGGUGCGGGCGGCCGCACAGGCGCCGGGGCCCACCUCCUGCAGCGCCAUCGAGUGCCGCCUGCUGGGACACUGCUAUGCCAGCCAUGAUUAUCGGGAGUUUUACUGUUCGUGUUUCGACGGUUACUCCGGCGCGGACUGCGGAGUGGGUCCGCUGUGUCCCACGACCUCCAACAUGUGUAAAAAUGGCGGCACUUGCAGACAGAUGGGUCCGGCUGCCGUCAGAUGUAUCUGCGCGCCCGGCUACACGGGGGACCUGUGCGAGGCCCAGGUAGCGCCGCCUGAAUGUGGUAUAGAAGAAUGUGCAAAAGUUUGUAAAGACGGGACAGCUUGUGAUUGUAAUCCUAAGGACACAGACGCGUUAUCAGCGCGAUUCGAAACAAGACUGCAAGUAGUGGGUCUACCAAAUGAAAACAUAUCGGAUGAAAUUGCGAAACAGCUAACACAAUUUUUGAAGGCAUCAAAUAUUACUUUAGAAGAUGAUGUACAAGUGUUGAAUACAAGUUUGACAACUACAGAAGGUAUAAGGGAUGCUUGGGUGCGAGUGUGGAGUUCUAGACGCGAGGCACCAGCAUUACGGGCAGCACUGGCACGUCUCGCUUCUGCACGUACUCGUCUCCUACCUACCUCCACGCAUUUUGAAAUGCAUCCAGCGUUAAGUUUGCACAAACUGGUUGUGAACCAACGUCCUGAAGUGUGGGAGGGGUCAGAAUUCAUACUAACUUGUAUGGCAUAUGGAUCUCCAAAUAUGGCCUUUACGUGGUACAAAGACAGCGUCAAAAUAAAUUUCAACGGUACCACAAGGGACAUUUGGACACGAACAGUGUCAGAAGACGCACUCGGUCGUCGAAUGUCAGUACUAGGUGUAACAGAGGCGGAGAGAUUAGAUAGUGGGAAGUGGUCCUGUGCUGCAGACGAUGCUGGCAGGAGACGCUGCAGAGCGUUGAGACUGACAGUGCUGAGACCUCCUGAGAUACGCUUGGUGCCGUCCACCUUGACUGUUAAUAGAGGUGAUAAUGUAACAAUAACAUGUCUGGCGGGAGCUGGACGGGUGCAUGGUGCUCUCGGAUUCAGUUGGGCAAGAGAGAGAACACUGCUUCCCAUGGCACCAGGUAGAGAGGUCUGGGAGGAUCUUUUCCCAGCAGGCAGUGUGCUGAAGCUUUAUAAUGUCCAGUUCACCCUGAUAUCGAUGGGCUACUCGUGGGGCUCGGUGUCGCACGUGUCGCGGCAGUACGGAGCCGUGCUGCGCUCGCUGCCGACAAACCCGGGCGAGGGCGAGCCCCCCCUCACACACGCAGUACACAUGCUCAACUACCUCAUGUCUCCUGCCGCCCAGCCGCCCGAUAGGUACAACAGUACGGAACACCUGCUUAACAUUUACGACAACCUGCUCAAACAUCCCGAUGCUUUUUUGGAUGAGGAAAAAAUUUUCGAUCUUCAAAAUGCUGUGGUGGAUACUGCAGGCCUAAGAAGUAGUUUCAAUAAGCGUUACCAUGAGUUCACGGUUAUGUCAAAACCAGUACUUGAAGACAACGCGGCACACUUUGACCUUCAGCCAGCAUUAGCGGAGAGAGAAGAGUGGGCUGUGACGUCAGCGGGAGUUGAACUUGUUACAAAAACUGAGAAUGCGUCUGUGGUGACCGCUCUUUAUCACGACUUGGGAGCAAGGUUGCCUUCACUAAAGAGAUUCGUCGAGUAUAAUUGUAGCAGCAACUCUUCCAGGUCUGGUCGUGCGACACAGUACACAAUAGCAUCGCAACAAAUACAGCUUUCCGUCAGUGGCGCAGGAGUUGACAAUACUCUCCUUCAUACUGUGACCUUGCUGUUUACACACUCGAAGAACUACAGUGCCAUCGGUCCUCAGCUAGCGUGCGGGAGUCGGUCCCGGUCCUCGCCGCGCGUGUGGAGCACUCACACAUGUGAGCUACGUGUACAAGAGCAGACUUACAUCGCCUGCCGCUGUCGAGGACUUGCGACCAUCGCGUUAUUUACCGUCGACAGUUUGGGUCUCACGGAUGCUGAGAGCGACUCGCGAGCUAUUGUGAAGAUCACAGUUAGCCUGGGCAGUGCGAUGUGUCUCGUGGCUGCACUGUUACAACUCCUUAGCCUCGUAGUGGGAAGUAAAACGAGACUGCCAGUACUACUCAGAGCUGCUACUGCCGCUACACAUUCUGCAGCUAUGUUAACGCUUCUUGAAUGCGAUACGAAGCAGGUCACCCAAAAGCUGCCGCCCGACAGACGCGAGUACGUGCGGGAACGUGCGCGAGUGGUGCGCCAUACAUUAGUGCUACUCUUCACUACUACAGCGACACAGAUUGCAGGGGUAGCUUACGCGCAGCCUGGGGAGAAGACUAUACCUAAAGUUGUAGCGCUUUCUGUCGCUGCAUUAGCCAAUGGUCUAGCAAUGUUGAUAUGCUACGUGAUCUGUGACGAGGAGUGUUUACGAGCAGCUCGGCGGUUACUCACGCUCUCCUCAAACAAUGAUUGGCACGAUUCCCCUGAAGGAGACACAUCACUUAGUUUGUACAUAAGACAAGGGCGUGAGAUGGAGUGUCGCGGCGCGGUGGGCUCGCUGGAGUGCUCCUCGUCGCACGUGUCUCCCGCCAACACGUACUGGCGCGCCACGCCGCUGCAGAGCCCCUUGCACCGUUGUGUGAUCAGGCGCGGGUCGAGCGGCGCGUGUGUGGCGGACAUAGUGCGCUGCGUGGAGUACAAGCAGGCAUUACUACCACCGCGCAAUGUCCACACACGGACACUCUGCGACCUCAUACCUAUUGGCGGUGCAGAGCCUCGUGUGUCCCGGGUAUGUGUGGAACUAGGAGUGCUACCUGAAGCGCCACAGACUACCGUCACGGACACCAGUACUUUCCAGCCGUCUAGCGAUACAAGCGACAUAUCAAAGGCCAACUGCACGCUGUGUGCAAAGUCCACUCCAGACUUGUCAGCAACGAGCACAGCUCCGCGUCCAAUCAAGAGUUGUCUAAAGAAGCGUUCGCCUCAGCUGUCGUGGAGCACAUCGUUACCGUCCAUAAACCAUGAGAGCGACGAGAGCAAUUCCCACCUACAGCUAGUGGACACACAGUCCCAAACCCCGAGCACGCACACCACAUUCACACAGACAGACAAAGUGCUGCACAAGAUAUCCCACGACCUGGACUUCCUGCUCAACAGGACGCCCAGUCGCGUCGCGGACAACUGUCCGCAGCAGAUAGAGGAAGCACCCACUUAGUGCACGGAGAUGUAAGGCGUAGUUCUAAGUUGUAAGUAAACUGAUGACUGAUGGAGGCAGGGAGCAACAUUACAUUAAUUGUGUACAUACUCUACUGUAAAUAUAGUAUUCAUUCAAAUUCUGUGAUUGUAUAAUAAUAGGAAAAGAGUAUAAAUUAUUUUUAGUUGAAUGGAAAUGAAGAGGGUGUAUUAAGCUGUAUGUGAGUGUUUUUAUCAGAAAAAUA